AUGGACGGUCCAUCGAGACCGCCCGACUACAGCCUGCCGAUGUACGGCGACGACCAAGACACACCCACUGGCCACAAUCCCGCCGCAGUAAGGUUGUUGACCUCGGUCGACGAGCCUUACCAUGAACCUCCUCCGUAUGUAACCUACCCGCCCAGCUCACAGCUCCCAGACACAAGCCACAAAACUCCUGCUGCUCCUGAAUCUCCACAAGCUGGGAAAGCAAGCGUACCUUCAUCAGCAGAUAAGAAGCAGCAGGGAGACCCCCAACCUUCAACAAACACCUCCUCUACUACUAGCAACAAGUCUACGCUCAAAAAGCUCCUUCCUCGGCAAGUUUCUGUAAAGUUACAGAAGCGGGCAAAGACAUCCCACGUUGCAUUUGCCGAGUUCGUGGAAGAGCUUCCUUUCAUCCCGGACGGACCCAGCGAGCGACGCAAGAUGCGUCUGUCAAGCAGGUGUCCUCCAGACCCUCUGGCGGUUCCCAGUCACAAUCCUACCACGGCCGCAGUGCCAGCAUCAGACACCCACGAUACAAUGAAGAGACACAAUGUUAACCGAGGCCAUGACCUCCCUCACAGAGAACGACCCCGACCACAGGGCGGCAGAAGCUACCAGCCCAGUACCCUGACAUCAAACAUGUCAGGCAUAUCGUCAUACAUCAGCUCAAUCAACCCCAGCUCCCUCGGCUCAGGGUCCAUCAUAGACGAUGCUCCGAGCAUGCCUCAUCCAGACUCGACAUACGUCCCUUUUGCCAGUCGUGCUCGAGAGGGCUCUCCUACCAGACCCUGGACUCCCUCCUCACGCUCAUCCGAAUACACACGCCCACCUGCUACCAACCUCUCAUACGAGCCCUCAGAUCUCAAUGGCAGCCCACGACCUGGAACCCCUUCGUCAAGAUAUGGUGGCAGCCCCCGUCGUCCUCUGCCCCCGGCUCCCCUUUUCUCAACCAACCGAGACAACCGUCAUGGGGGCGACCUAGGAGCCGAUGCCACUGUUAAUAUUCCACUCCAUGAUGAUGACGAUGACGACGUCUUUGGCCCAGAUUCAGACUUGGGCAGCCGCUCCCGUCCGAUACCCAUGGACCGCGCUUCAUAUGCCUCGUCCAACCCGACUCUCAACGACGAGGACGACCCCGAAUUUUUCGACGAGAAAUCAGCAGCAGAUUUCGAGCACUAUGGCCCAGCUCCUGACGGUGCCCAGGAGCGUCGUGGUGUACGCGCACCCCAGAUGUCAAGAAAGGAGGUCCAGCUGAUCAACGGUGAGCUGGUCCUCGAGUGUAAGAUCCCAACCAUCCUGUACAGUUUCCUGCCUCGCCGCGACGAGGUCGAGUUUACGCACAUGCGCUACACAGCUGUGACGUGCGACCCGGAUGAUUUUGUUGAGAAGGGCUACAAGCUGCGUCAGAGCAUCGGACGCACGACCCGUGAGACGGAGCUGUUCAUCUGCGUGACCAUGUACAACGAAGACGAGAUUGGCUUCACGCGAACCAUGCACGCCGUCAUGAAGAACAUCUCCCACUUCUGCUCCCGCAACAAGUCCCGUACCUGGGGCGAGACUGGGUGGCAGAAGAUCGUCGUAUGCAUCAUCUCGGAUGGACGUGAGAAGAUCCAUCCCCGUACCCUCGAUGCUCUCGCCGCCAUGGGUGUCUACCAGGACGGUAUCGCCAAGAACUUCGUCAACAACAGAGCUGUCCAGGCCCACGUGUACGAGUACACCACGCAAGUGUCCCUCGACUCUGACCUCAAGUUCAAGGGUGCCGAGAAGGGCAUUGUCCCCUGCCAGAUGAUCUUCUGUCUCAAGGAGCGCAACCAGCGCAAGCUCAACUCCCACCGUUGGUUCUUCAACGGGUUUGGCAAGGCUCUGAACCCCAACGUCUGUAUCCUGCUCGACGUGGGAACCCGUCCAACCAGCAACUCGCUGUACCAUCUCUGGAAAGCCUUCGACACCGACUCCAACGUCGCCGGUGCCUGUGGUGAAAUCAAAGCCAUGAAGGGCCGCAUGGGCGCCAACCUCCUCAAUCCCCUCGUUGCCUCCCAAAACUUCGAGUACAAGCUGUCCAACAUUCUGGAUAAACCCCUCGAGUCCGUCUUUGGCUACAUUACUGUGCUUCCCGGUGCCCUCAGUGCCUACCGUUACCAUGCUCUGCAGAAUGAUGAGACUGGUCAUGGUCCAUUGAGUCAGUACUUCAAGGGUGAGACACUUCAUGGACAGCAUGCAGAUGUGUUCACAGCCAACAUGUACCUUGCCGAGGAUCGUAUCCUCUGCUGGGAGUUGGUGGCCAAGAGAGAUGAGAGAUGGGUGUUGAAGUAUGUGAAGAGCUGCAAGGGUGAAACUGACGUGCCUGACUCUGUUCCUGAAUUCAUCUCCCAGCGUCGAAGAUGGCUCAACGGUGCCUUCUUCGCCGCCGUCUACUCCAUCGUUCAGUGCCGACAGAUUCUCGGCACUGACCACACCAUCGCCCGCAAAGCCCUUCUCUUCAUCGAGAUGGGCUACCAGUUCAUCCAGCUCCUCUUCACAUUCUUCUCCCUCGCCAACUUCUACCUCACCUUCUACUUCGUCGCCGGCGGUCUCAGCGAUGCCAGAAUAGAUCCCUUUGGCCACGGCUUGGGCAACAUCUUCUUCAUUAUCCUCAAGUUCACCUGUAUCCUCCUCAUCAGCACGCAGUUCAUUCUCUCGCUUGGUAACAGACCCCAGGGCGCUAGAAAGCUCUAUCUGACCUGUCUGGUUCUGUACUGUGUCAUCAUGGUCUACACGUCCUUCGCCAUCAUCUACAUCGUGAUAAAACAGUUCACGUCUGGAGAUGGUGAAAUCAGCAUGGGCAACAACGUAUUCACCAACCUCAUCGUCUCCGUCGCCUCGACGAUUGGUCUCUACAUCGUCAUGUCUCUGCUCUAUCUCGAGCCCUGGCAUCUCAUCACCUCGUCCGCCCAGUAUUUCCUCCUCCUGCCCUUCUACAUCUGCUCUCUCCAGGUCUACGCCUUCUGCAACACCCACGAUGUCACAUGGGGUACGAAGGGUGACAACGUCAUCCGUACCGAUCUCGGUGGUGCCGUCGGAAAGGGUGAGACGGUCGAGCUGGAGAUGCCCAGCGAGCAGCUCGACAUUGACUCUGGCUACGACGAGGCUCUGCGGAACCUGCGUGAUCGUGUCGAGGUCCCAGAGCCGCCCAUUAGCGAGGGUCAGAUGCAGCAGGACUACUACAAGAGCGUGCGGACGUACGUGGUGCUGGUCUGGCUCGUCUCCAACGGCCUGCUCGCCAUGGGUGUCUCCGAGGCGUACGGUAGCACCGGCAUCGGAGAGAACUACUACCUGAGAUUUAUCCUCUGGAGCGUGGCAGGUCUCGCCGCCUUCCGCGCGGUGGGCUCGACGACGUUCGCCAUCAUCAACGUCGUCAACAUCAUCGUCGAAGGCCGCGUCAGGAUGAGCCUGUCCGUGCCCAAGUGGAUGGGAGGAUUGAUGGGAGGUUGGGGCAGCAAGGUGACGGAGACGAUGAGCAGCGUGGGCAGCAGUAUCAGUAGUUCUGUGCCCAGUAGAUUUAAACGAUGA